AUGGCAAUCGACAUAGCACAAAAAAACCGUCUAUGCUUCGAAAUCAUGAAAUUGACGUUCCAGUUGGACCUAUUAAUCAGUCAAGCACCACUUGGCCUUAAAUUUAAUAUGACAGCAGCUCAAUUAGCAACAUAUAACGCAAUAGAUACUCAAAAAGCUGCGAUGAUGGCGGAAUUAUUUCAUCUUAUGCAACUUGAUCGUGAUAUUUAA